AUGAGCAAAGAGCUGUACAUUGGACUUGCCGGCAGCUGGAACUUGCCGGCCGUCGUGGCAACAUCUGCCGAGCAGAGCGAGCUUGGGCACCACAAAAUAGUCAUUUACACCACUUGGCGGCGACGACGACGGGUGCCAUCUCUCUAUGUAGGACACAGUUUCGAGCGGCACCUCGCUGAUCACCCACGGUUUGUGCGCUACACUCUCCGUGCGAGCGAGAGCGAGUCACGACACACGUGGGCAAGGCCAAGCUUUUUGCCCACCCAGUCGAUGCGGUGGGCGGGCGAGCUGGCGGCGAUCCUGCUCUCUGGCGACGCCGAACCCGGGACGGGGCUGGGCAGGAAGAGGAAUCGACGUCUGGGCGCCUUGCGCUCCGUGCUGUCGAGCGGGCUGCACUAA